CGGUUUCAUCAAAAUCAAAACACAUCUAGAGCGGGAAAAUCUCUGUCUAUACAUCUCCAUCUCUCCUUCCUCUUUAGUUCAGUUGAGCACAAUCAGACUUCACUCUCUCUCGUUCUCUCUCUCCCUCUCUCUCUCUCUCCAUUUGAAUUUCAUCUCCUAAACAAGAACAAUGUCGAAAUUCGAAUACCCAAUGCUCCCACGCUCAGAUAUCAUAGCAAUCCUUAACGAAUCCAAAAUCGCAACAGUCUACGAGGACAAUCUCAUCAAUCCCAACCCCGAUUUCGUCUCCGACCUCUACACCAGGCUCCUCAUUCACCUCGAUUCUCUCCAGGAAGAUCCUGGGCAAAUCGAAUUUGCCGCAUUGGAGCAGCUUGAGAACCCAGAUUGGCACCGUGAUUCUGUUCGUGUCAUGAAUUUGUACAGCAAGAUUAAGGAGCUUGUGGCUUCUCUGGAGUGUCCUAAGAAGUUUACCCUCAAAGAUCUUAUACGCCCCGAUAGGGACAGGACCGAUCGGUUUCUCGGCACCAUACUGAAUUUCUUUCUUCACAAAGAUUCAAAAAUGAAUGAACUAAGACCAAUUGUAGAGGAAUUGACUCUUCUAGAUGAGCAGCGUAACCAGUUCAAAGAUAGAAUUUCCCAGUUGGAUGCAGAGAUUGCAGACUACAGUGAAGCAAGAGAAAGAGAGAGGCCGCUUGUUGAAGAGGUAGAGGUAAAAGUUAAAGAACUGCGUCAGACCAUUCCAAGCCUCAACAAUCAGCAGAUGUCAUUGAGGGCAUCUUUUCGAAAAAUGAAGGAGAAGGUCACAGAAAUGGAUGAGAAGAUUUCUAGCGCUGAGUUUGCCCUUGUACAAAGUGUCCAAGAAAAUGCCAAUCUACGUUCUAAAAUCAUCCAAUCACCAGAUAAACUACAGAGGGCUUUAGAGGAGAAGAAAUCAGAUCGAAUUGAGGUGAAGAAUGCUGAAAAAUCAGCAAUGCAAUCUUUUCAGGAGAAGUCUGCUAUUCUUGAGGUUUACACAAAGGCUGGCAAGAAAAUGUCCAAGCAUUUUGCCCAAAUGCAGACUAUACAAGAACAGGUGAAUUCUGCCAAAGCCAUUGAAAAAGAUCUUAAGGUUAUAAAAACUAAGCUGAGUGAAGAGGGAGUCUUGGAUAAGUCUCUUGAGGCUAAACUUGUUGAAUGGCAAGGAAAAGUGGAACAGUUGGAUGACCUAAGAAAGCAAUUAGAAGAAGAACGAGAUUUUAAGUGUGAGGAGGCUGCUAAAGAAUUGAAUAAUGUCAAGUUGACAGUGGAAUCGAGAAGGCAUGAGUUGGAAGCAAGGCAAAAGAAGGUUGAAGCCCAAGCAGCGGAGGUUGAUGGUAUAACUUUAAAGAUUAAUUCAGUAAAAGAAUCUGGAGCAGCUAAACAGCAAGAGUUGAUCAGCAAGGGUGAAGAGAUUAUGAAAGAGUUCCACCUAUAUGCGAACUCUAUUGGGGUCUUGCUGCCAAGGAUUCAAGUGGAGACAGAAGUUGAUCGAGAAAUGUGCACAUCCAACUAAGUCUAGUCAAACUUGUUGGGUUACUUGUCUGGUUGACAGCAUGCAACAUCCUUUUAAAAUUCCUUUGUAGCACAACUGAAGUCAGCAAUACACUAUCCUUGCCUUGAUGCAGACGUGAAGUUGGCUUUUUCCUCAAAGGGUUGUUUGUAAUUUGAUAUUGGCAGCAUUCAGCAUAUAUCUUUGUAUGGGUGUAAAUGAAGUCAGUAAUGGGGCUGGUCAAGGUUAAGUUGGUUUAACAUGGAUCAAGCACGAUCAGAAGUUUUAUGCCAAUACCUUUACCAUAACGGUAUCCUAUAUGGGCUGUUUAAGGCUGCGUUUGGUACGUGAGAUUGAUAAAUUUUUUAUUCAUAUUCUCAUUUUGAAAAACAAUAUAAACACAUUAA